CCCCAUAAGCAACUGUUUGUUUCUUAAUUCUUUCAAAAAUUAAGCUUACCAUGGAGGAUCAAGCUCAGUUCCAGAACUCACUGAGUCUGACUCAGCUGAUGAGGUCUCCAUUUCUGAGGAAGAUCACACAGUUGCUACUCUCAGUGUCUGUGUUCUCCUUCAUCUUCUCUUGUUCAGGAUGGUAUUAUUCCUUCAAGGCCCAAAUGCUGAGCCAAGCUGUGGACAAAAACUGCAUCUUCCUCAUCUGUAAUGGGAUCCUGGUCUUGGUUGCUAAGACCUCUGGCUGCAACAGCCACCCCUUCAAGAUGAUCGCAGAUAGAGAAGCACUAUUGCUGGAGAUGGAGGACUCCUUUCUAGACAAGCAAGUCUCACUGGAAGCUAUGGAGCCUUCAGAGAAUGCUUUAAUAGAAGAAGAAGAAGAAGAAGAAGCAGCAGCAGCAGCAGCUCCCAAUGGGCUUCUGAUUGAAGGAGAAGAAGGGACUGCAGGCAACAAUGGCUUCCCAGAUGAAUUGGAAGGAGAAAAUGAAGCGAUGAGCACAGAAGAGUGGAACAAGAAGUUUGAUGAGUUUAUAAGGAGGAUGAAGGAAGAAUUCAGGAUUGAACCUUGUGAGCAACAGUUGAUCAUGGCUUAG